AUGUCUUGGCUUUCGUUUGUUUUGCUUUGUUAUAAAUCAUCUUUUAUACUUAGUCAAUCUCCACCUCUAUUACUUCUUAUUUCAUUUGAUGGCUUUCGUUUUGACUAUCCACAGUUAUACGGGCCAUUACAACAUUUUUCGCGUUUAGAAGAACGGGGUGUACAUGCUCACAGCAUGAUACCAACCUUUACUACUGCAACAUUUCCUAAUCACUAUACGUUAAUUACAGGUCUUUAUGAAGAAGUUCAUGGAUUAGUUUCUGAUCAAAUAUAUGAUUCAAAAACGAAUAGUACUUUUCAGACAUCGGGAAACAUGACUAGCCAAUGGUGGCCAUUCAAAACUAUUUGGACAAUAAACGAACAAAGACCAGAAGGUCGAUCGGGAGUUAUUGGAUGGCCACAAAAUCAGAUUUUUGUAUCGAAAUAUGAACCGUAUCGUAAAGAACGAACAUUUCAAGACGUAACCGAUCAAAUGUUGAAUUGGUUUAAUGAUCCAAAAGAGCCAAUCAAUUUUGGUGCAAUUUAUUUUCCAGAACCUGAGUUAACAGGUCGUCAAACUGGACCUUAUUCAAAUAAAAUGAACGAUACAAUAAAAUUAUGUGAUAACAAUUUAGGUUAUCUUCUUAAUGAAAUCGAUAGAAAUAGUUAUUUGAAAAAAAAUCUUCAUCUCAUUAUUACAUCUGAUCAUGGAAUGGAACAAAUUAAUGGUACUGAUCGACCAAUAUAUCUAGAAGAUUAUGUUGAUAUGAACAAAUUAAAAGCAUUCGGGACAGAAACUGUUUUGAAUAUUUUUCUUAAUUCAACCAAUGACGUCAAUGAUGUAUAUAGAAAUUUGAGUCAAAUUCCACAUACAACAAUCUAUAGACAGCAAGAUAUACCCGCAAGAUAUCAUUAUACAAAUAAUUCACGUAUUGGUAAUCUAAUUAUCAUGGUUGAUCCUGGCUAUGAGCUUCAUCGACGUUCAUUCCAUGGUGGUAUCAGAGUUAAUUUGAGUGCAAUACACGGCAAUCAUGGAUAUGAUAAUCAAAUGAAUUCAAUGAAAACAAUAUUCUACGCAAGUGGACGACAACUGAGAGAUAAUUUUACAUUAUCUAAUACAGCAACUUUGCAUAAUGUCGACAUAUUUGCCUUAAUGUGUUUGAUACUUAAUAUUACAAAAUGUCCGCCAUCAAAUGGUUCUUUAGCUAAUAUUCAGCCGUUUCUAAAGGAUCCAACUCGAGUUCUUGGUAUUAUUGAAAAAGACCCAGGAAAAUCACAAGAUGGAUCAAUGAGUUUAGUUAUUUAUUUACUUGUACUAGUCAGUUUUGUUUUAAUUCUUAUCAUGGCUGUUGUUUGGUCAGGUGUUUCCUUUCGAAAUGCUUCAGCCAUAUCACGAGCGACACAUCUCGAUCCAUUGACAAUAGCAGAACAAAAUCAAUACAAAUUUACGCAAAUAAAUGACAUGAAAUUAAAUCGAACAAUCGGUGAUGAUAAUCUUUAA